UAACUCCUCCCCACCUUCCUCCAACCCAACCACUCCUCAAACCAAAAAGCAAAAAGCAAAGAGAAAUAUAUUUCCACAUCUCCUCUCCAUCUUCUGAUCACCACCAUGGACACCUCCUCCUCCCUCUCAUCCUCUUCAUCCUUCUCAUCAUCCCUCAACGCUUCCUCCAGCUUCUCUGGAUCGGACGCCAACCCAUCCAGCUUCCCCUACACCCCUUCCUCUCUCGCCCGCCGCCGGUGGAGGGGCAGCGACCGGGAAACGCCCAGGUUCUUCUGCGAGUCCAUCUCCGGCGCCAGCGCCGGCGGCCACCACUUCCUCGAUGCCUGCUUUCUCUGCAAGAAGCCCAUCGCUGCCAACGACAACGUUUUCAUGUACAGAGGGGAUGCGCCGUUUUGUAGCGAGGAGUGUAGGGAGGAGCAGAUGGAGAUGGAUGAGGCCUUGGAGAAUAACCGAAAAAAUUUCUUCUCCUCUUCUUCUUCUUCUCCUCCUCCUCUCAAGAACUCUUCUUCCUCGGUAUCGUCGACGAUGAAGCGCAAGCCAAGCCUUAUUAUUCGUCCAAACUCACGCAACGUUCAUGCUGUGGUUGCUGGCUACUAGUAUGUGUACUAGUAGAAUGAGAGAUGUAGAGAGUGAGAAGGAGAGCCCAUAUUUUAAGGGCUUAAAUUAAGAAGAGUGUAGAGUCUUCCAGCAGUGGCCAGAGAGGCUUCUCUGAUUAUUGAACAAAAAAAAAAAAAAAAAUGGAGAAAAUUUUAGUACAUGAGUUGGAGUUGUUCACAUAAUUAUAUCAGAUGGAGUUUUUCUGAUGUAAUUGUGCGCAUGCAGGAGUUUACGUUUGUUGGGCUUGUCUCGAUGCCAAGAGAACUCUGGGAAAAUGAACCUUAAUUUUUUCU